AUGCGCUUCUCAUCAGCUUUCGUCCUUGUUGCUACGAUGUUCACGCUGAAGAACAUUGCCGCGGUCGACCCAGGUAACAAUGCCUUGAACAUGGACGUAUCAGACGACUUCGAACACGCCAUCCACAAGGAAUACGGCCCCGUCGUCUUCGAUGGCCUCGCAAAGAGUGGUUGCAGUGGCUGGAAGUGCCUCAAGACCGUUGGCAAGACAUCUGCUUGCCUCAUGAAAUGUGUGAUUACAGGGAACCCCUUGUGCGUCGUCGGCUGCAUCCCGACGAGCGAGCUGUGCCCGUGCAUCAACUGCUUCCCAGACGUGAUCACCAACUUCCUCCACAAGUACGACAUCUGCACGAGCGAGCUGAGCGCGCAGCUCUUCAGCAGGGUGUUUUUGGGGCUCGCAAGUGACGAUGAAGUUAAAAAUGCCAACGAGGCUGGGUAUUCUAUUAGCGCUUUCGGUGCUUGA